AUUUCAUUUGGUGCUGUUCAGCUGUAAACUUCUCUCUUCGAAAAAAAAACCAUAAAUAAAAAUACAAAAAUUUAAUUAUUAACAUUUCUGUGCCAUUUUGAGUUGAAAAGUUUCUUUAAGAGAUUAAUUAGGCAGUGAAGCCAUGAAGCCCAAAAGUCCACGUAUUCGUCAAACACAAUCGACUGCCCUGCCCAAUGGGCCCAAGAACGUAUCGCCCAGGGCCCCGUACACCAAGUCCCUGGUUCCGGGUACACUGCAAAAGCGUCGCAGCAUUACACAGCGCAGCCCAAAAAAGAAGAACAAUGGCGUCUUCGACAAGAAGAACAACGAGCAGCUGCUGGGCAAAAUCCCACCCGGUGGACUGCUGACACCCUCAUCGUCGGACACCUCGCUGACCACCGCUGUGUCCCGCUCGGGUCAGCGCAGCUGCUUGGUCAUGCCAAAGGUCAUGAGCCUGCCCAAGCAGCCCACAGCUCCGACUCCCUAUCUAACGCUGAAGCGCCAGCAGACGGCGGCCAUGAUAAACUUCCAGGCGCGCAAAUCCGUCUCCCAAAUGGACUUCAAGGAGGCCCGUCGCACAGGCAACUAUCAGCUGGUGGCCCAUGUGCCCGCGCCGGGCAGCCAGGACAACCACCAGACGGCGGCCGAAGCUGGCUUGGAUGCGAGCAUGUCCAAGCUGCUGUUGCAGGAUGCGGCACUGAUGUCCGAGGCGCCCAAGGGACGGGUGAGCUUUGUGGUCAGCCCCGAUCAGGAUGCGCGCGUGGCCAGCCUGAAGAUCUUCAACACAAUAAUACUGCAUGCCUGGCGCAAGCGUCGCCAGAGCGUCCGUAAUAUCACGGAGCAAUUUGAGGACCAAAAGAAAAUCCUAAUGAAAACUCGCAAUCAGCUGCAUCUGUACACCUCGCUGUUCUCGGUGGAGCAGCGUCGCAACGGCACGCUGAACGAUCAGCUGCGGCAAUCGUACCGCGAGGCUGCCGAUACAAAGCUCUCCUACGAGGAGCUGCACCUGCAGCUGGCGAAGAUCAAGAGCGAGAAGCAGCAGCUCGACGAGCAGCUGAAACAGAAGGACCAGCAGAUCAAGAACCUCAAAGAGGUGCAGCAGUCAUUGAACAGCGAACUGUUUCGCGCCAAUGCCGACCAGCGGGAACAUUUGCAGCAAAUUGCCCAACUGCAGCGCGACUAUCAGGAGAGUUUGGGCAUCCAGCGUGAGCAGGCCAGUGACCUGGAGCUGGUCCAGAUCGAGAUAGAAAACUCGAUGAAGCUCAUCAAAGAGAUACACCAAGAAAUGGCAAAGACAGAGGCGCUCCAAAGCAACUCGGAGCAGAAGUACAACCAGCUGCUGGAUCACACCAAACAGCUGGAACACUCUGCUCAGGAGAUGAAGGAGCAGCUGGCCCUGCUGCAGAGCUGCCUGGCCGUCACCAUGGGGCAGCGCAUCCGCCAGUGCCUCGCCCAGCGACAGAUGUACCAGCAGGCCACCUACCGCAUGCUGCACUUUGUGGCUGACUAUGUGCUGCCCGGCAAUCCACCGCCGCCAUCCAUUCCACAGGCCAUCAAAAUGAUCAAGGAUCUAUUGUUUACCAAGGUGUCGGGCGAGGCGAAGGAUGAAAAUCAGGAUGAAAAGUCCAUAGACCUCCUGAAUGAAUCAGUAGAUAAUCCGGACACUUCCAAUUAAUAUUAAUACUUAUUUAUUUAUUUAAUGGUUAUCAUUUAUUUUGUUCUUUUGUUCUGGUUGUAGUUACUGUUUAAAUUCAUAUAUUUUGUUGUACAAUAAAUGUAACCAUUUACUGCC